GUCACAUUUCAUUCUUCUUCUGACCUUCUUCUCUGAUCUUUGUUAUAUGCCCCUCAUGAUCGAUCACCAAUCUAGCUUCAAGUACUUCUGCAAGAUCUGCAAGAAAGGAUUUGGCUGUGGCAGAGCUCUCGGAGGCCACAUGAGGGCGCACGGCAUCGGAGAUGAGAGCAGCGGAGCUAUGGAUGACGAUGACGACGCGGCAAGCGACUGGGAAGAUGGCAAGCUUGUUGGUGGAGACGACAAUAAUAAUGCUAAUGUUCCUCCGGCUAACAAGCGGAUGUACGCUUUGAGGACGAACCCUAAUCGGCUAAAGAGUUGCAGGGUUUGUGAGAAUUGCGGGAAAGAGUUCUUGUCUUGGAAGUCCUUCCUUGAACAUGGCAAGUGCACUUCCGAUGAUGCCGAUGAGUCGUUUGUUUCAUCGCCGGGAUCCGACGGCGAUGAUGUGUCGGGUCGGAGAGGUUGUGGUUGGUCCAAGAGAAAGAGGUCAUUUCGAGCCAAAGUGGGCAGCUUCAAUAAUAAUAAUAAUAAUAAUCCUAAUUGCUCUUCAUCCAAUGAGGAAGAAGAUCUCGCUAAUUGUUUGAUGAUGCUGUCCAACGCCACCGUGGAUCCUCUCGUGCCUGACGCCGACGAAUCAUCGGCAUCGGCGAGCAAAGACGAUGAGAGAAGAAACGCUAAUUUCAGCUUCAUGGCUCCCAUCUCUCAAGUCCCUUUGGAUCAUAACAAAGCCAAGGAGGCAAGCAAUAAGGGCUUGUUUGAAUGCAAAGCAUGCAAGAAGGUCUUUAAUUCCCAUCAAGCAUUGGGUGGUCACAGAGCCAGCCACAAGAAAGUCAAAGGCUGCUUCGCUGCUAGGCUCGACAACCUCGAAGAUGGCGGUGGCGGCAUGGGCGGCGCAACCGGUGGCGCCGAUGAUGAUAUCAUCACACAUGAAGACCAACUCUUUCCAACGAAUAAAUCAAGCAAUUCAAUGCUUCAUUUCGAUCAUGGCUCCAAUAACGCUGCCUCGUCGUCUAAGAGGAAAUCGAAAGUUCAUGAAUGCUCAAUAUGUCACCGAGUUUUCUCGUCGGGACAAGCACUGGGAGGACACAAGAGGUGUCAUUGGAUUACGUCGAACGCGCCGGACGCUUCGACGUUGGCUAGAUUUCAACAAUUUCAAGACCACAUAGAACAACACAUGAUGAAUCAUAAUAGUAACAAUAAUCAAAUACUUAAGUUUGACGAUCCCGACCCAAUUGAUCUAAAGCUGGACCUCAACCUCCCGGCUCCGUCGCCCCCAGAACUUGCCGGCCGGUGUAAUGUCUCCGCAGCGAUUUACUUACAGUCAUGGGUAGGAGGAGGAGGAGGAAAGGAGCAACAUAAAAAUGACAAUAGUACUCACGACAUGGACAUUGAGAAUAACGAUGAAGAUCAAUGCAAGAACAAUGACAAAAAACUUAAUAUUAGCAAUGGUACGACGAUGCAGAGCAUGGAAGACGAAGCUGACAGUAAGGUGAAGCUAGCGAAAUUAAGUGAACUAAAGGACAUGAACGUAGGAGGGAGUUCUUCGCCAUGGUUGCAGGUGGGAAUCGGUUCAACUACAACUGACGUGGGAACUGACCCAUAAUAAAUUUAUAGAUUUUUGCAAAACCACCAAAUCAACCAUUAUGUUGGGGUUUUCUCUUUCGCUUUUGUUUUUUGUCAAAGCAAAAACAAACACAGAAACGGUAAAUAGGUAAUCAGAUUAUACAGACACACAAGUCAAAGUUAAAUUUGUUAAUCAUACGCAAUUAUUCACGGCCUUGGCCGGGGCGUCUAAUGCCCCAUUUCCAAUGUAGGCUCCUACAUUUCAUUUUUUUUUUAUCAUUAGAUUAUACAUAAAAAGAGAGACAAUUUGAUA